CCAUUAAUAAGUAGUCUCGUCGGACAAAUUUUUGCCCCUCCACUCCACUCCCACUUUCUUGACAACAACUCUUCGCCAAAACCAACCAGCUACCAUACAUACACACACUUCCCGUGAUAUGGGGAAACACGGUGCAGUUCCCGCGGCCGAGAUGGGCGGAGAUGAAAGUGGAAGCUCCACCAUGCGCACGGCGGAGACGCUGCUCCGUGUCCUGCCCAUGGCCCUCUGCGUGGCGGCUCUGGUCAUCAUGCUCAAGGAUUCCCAGACCAACGACUACGGCUCACUCUCGUAUUCUGAUCUGGGAGCCUUCAGGUAUUUGGUGCAUGCAAGCGGAGUUUGCGCCGGUUAUUCCCUUCUCUCCGCCGUGGUUGCGGCGGUGCCCCGCCCGUCAACCAUGUCGCGGGCUUGGGCGUUCUUCCUCCUGGACCAGCUGCUGACGUACAUUAUACUGGCGGCCGGAGCUAUAUCCGCGGAGGUGGUGUACCUAGCGUACAAAGGCGACACAUCGAUAACGUGGAGCCGGACGUGUGGGUCGUUCGGGGGUUUCUGCCGGAAGGCGACGGCCUCCAUAGCGAUCACAUUCGUCGCAACCCUUUGCUACGCAGCUCUAUCACUCAUCUCGUCUUACAGGCUUUUCAGCAAGUAUGAUGCCCCAGCUGCCUACAGCAACAAAGGGAUUGAGGUUACCACCUUCACUACCUGAUCUCAAUGCUUCUGAUCUUGGCUAGCUACUGGCCAUGCAUGUAUUGUACACUGCAGAACCUAAUAAAAUGUAGAGUUUGUGUUUAUCUUGUUA